AUGGCAUCGGCCGAACAAGCCCUGGCCAUCCAAUCCGGUCACAUCGACAACACCCUCGUCCCCGGGACCGUACAUCUCGUCGAUAUCGAUCAUACCCUGCAUACGAAACACUCUCGCGCCCACAAAGACAUUGUCCUCGUGCCCACACCCAGCGACGACCCCAAUGAUCCGCUCAACUGGACGCCGAGGCGGAAGUUGCUGUCCCUCGUCUGCAUGUGCGUUUAUGUAUGGUUCACGGGGAUCUGCAACAGCGUCGUCUACAGUGUCUUGGUGCCGCUCAGCGAGGCUAAUGAUUUGAGCGUUGCGGACCUCAAUGCUGGGACGGGUUAUCUUUUCCUCCUCUGCGGCUGGGGUCUCCUCUUCUGGCAGCCUUUCGCUCUACAGUACGGCAAGAGACCCACAUACCUCAUCUCCACCGCCGCGACCGUCGCCCUCACCCUCUGGGGCCCCUACGCGAAAGGCAAUGGGCAAUGGAUCGCCAAGUCUGUGCUCUCUGGCUUCUUCGCAGCGCCUAUCGAAGCCUUGCCAGAGAUAUCGGUUUCGGACGUCUUCUUCAGCCACGAACGAGGGACAUACAUGGGCGUGUAUGCCUUCGUGCUUGCAGGCAGCAAUUUCUUUGCACCAGUCAUCUGUGGGUUCAUCAACGAUGGGCAAGGAUACAAGUGGGUGUUCUACUACCCGGCCAUCUUCGCGGGUGUAGCUUUCCUGUUCUUGCUGUUCUUCAUGGAAGAGACGAAUUAUGAUCGGAAGACGGUUGGGUUGGUGGAGAAAUCAGAUGGAGAGGAGUCUCCUGCUGAGCCGGUGGUCGAAGGUGAAGAGAAGAAAACCCCUACGGCAGAGAAUACCCUUCCCUCGGACAUCGAGAUUGGGCGCGCUUACACCCCCAAGUCGUUCAUGCAGAAGCUCGCGCCCUGGGACCCUCAAGCCACACACCCCCAACGCAUGCCCUACCGCGCGGUUCUCUCUCUCCGCCUACUUUCCUGGCCCGUCAUCUUCUACGCUGGCUUUUCCUACGGCUCCUACCUAAUCUGGUUCAAUGUACUCAACGCCACUGCCUCCCUUAUCCUAGGCGGCGCCCCAUACAACUUCUCCACCUCAAUGGUCGGCCUGUCCUACGUCUCCUGCUGUCUCGGUGUCAUCGCCGCCAGCAUCUACACAGGAUACUUGUCCGAUUGGAUGACGAUUCGGCUGGCGAGAAGGAAUGGAGGCAUCAUGGAACCCGAACAGAGACUUUGGGGCUUCGCGCUUUGCCUCGUCGUCUUACCAGCAAGUCUCCUCCUCUGGGGCGUCGGCGCAGCUCACCACAUCCACUGGUUCGGCCUCAUCGUCGCCAUGCUCGGCACCUCCUUCUGCAAUGCCUGCGGCAUCACCCUCAGCGUGAACUACCUCGUCGAUUCAUACCGCGAGAUUGGCGGUGACGGCAUGACGACGGUGAUCAUCGUGCGGAAUACGAUGAGUUUUGCGAUUGGUUAUGGGAUUACGCCUUGGUUUGACAACCUGGGGGCGCAGAAUUGUUUCAUAUCCGCGGCGUUCGUGGGACUCGUGGCUUGUGCGGUGUUCUUGCCCGUCAUUUGGGUGGGGAAGAGGUGGAGGGAGGGGAGUCGGGAGAAGUACUGGGCGUUGGUGGAGAAGCAUGUCGGUAUGGGAAUGGUGCAUUGA